AUGAACUCGACGGCUGAGCAAUCCCAAAUUAUAAUCCCAUGUGGACGAAUCUACAAUCUCACCGUAACCAGUAAUACUUCGGUUCUGGAGGGAUGGUGCUGUGGUAUUGCGGCAAGCAGCGGUGCGGACGACAGAGAGCAGACCCUGUCGCACGAGUUUUCAUCGAUCAGUUGCGGCGAUAACACAAUGCUGCAAAUAACCGCGAAUACAACAGUAAUGGAUGGGUACUUUUGCGGAUCUGGUAUGGCGAAUCCUUCAAAUGCUGGGCAAUCCUCGUUAACGCAAACAAAUGCUGCUAGCGACUUGGCGCCCCGCUGGACGCAAUUUUUUAUUUUGCUCAGCUUUUUCAUGCAGUAUUUUGCAUGA